UUUACUAGCUUUUUGAACUUAAGUUAAGCGAGCGUUUACUGCAAACAAUUUCUGGCCACCCAAAAAAGCCAUGAGUCAACUGGAACGUUCCCUGCUGCUGCUGGACGAAACGGCAGUUAAAUCCAGAAGAGGUCUCCUGAGAGCAAAAGAUCCCCGGGACUACCGGCAUCUGGACGAAUCCGAAGCUCCAGCAGUUGAUGCCUCCAUGGAUUUCGAUAUGUCCCUAACGGUGGGGCCUCACGAAAUUCGCACCUUUAUGUUGGAUAGCCACCAGCAAAAUCUCUCCGGUAGUCGGAUGAGCUUGGCAGGGAGCCAGGUCAGCACCACCGGAAUAAACGUGCGCAGUCAAACGGAAGGCCUUUUCGUAGGGUUUCUGGAGGUUUUGCAGCGACGUUCUUCCGAAGCUGAGGUCUUCGAGACGGUGGAAGAUUUGAUCGAAACCCUGGACGAAGCGUUAGCCGGAAUUGAAAAGAUAACGACCCAUGCCGCGUUUGGCCGAGAACGAAAGAUUGUGGCUGAAGAAAGCUGGCUAAAUGUGGAAAGGGAUACCUGGAAGUUGUUGUUUGCUCUGUAUAAAGACCGUCUCGUAGUUCAGAAAGACGAUCUGGAGCUAGAUGAUUUGCCACUGGUGAACAGUGAGCGAGCCGUUGUGGAGCACCUGUAUGCUGCCAAUGCCAAUUUGCGCGAGUAUCAGCUAAUUGUGGAUUGGCUAGAGCAAACAGCUCUGGAACAAAAUCGGAUGCAAAUCGGUCAUUUCACAGAUCGAACGAUAGCUUGGGAAAAUACUUUGCACCAAUUGCAGAACGUGGGUCUAACGGCGUUUGGCAGCUCUAGAGAGAUUGUCAAAAGUCUGGAUCCAGAUGCUCCGACCCGGGAACGACGCCCACUGCACGAUUUAGACGUAGAAGAUCAGGCCCGAUUGGCCAGGCAACUUUUUCAGGAAAUUCGUUUCGGUCGUAUCGAGGAAGCUCAGAGAUUGUGCGAACAUUGUGGCCAAUCAUGGAGGGCUGCUAUUUUGGAAGGUUGGCGUUUGCAUCACGAUCCCAACUAUGAACCGACGGUGGGAACUUCCGGUUCGGCCUUGACCAGUAACAUCAAACAGGCCAUCGAGGGGAACCCACGCAGGGACCUUUGGAAAAAGCUUUCCUGGAAGAUGGCAGAAAGUAGGGAGAUUGACGAGUACACUCGAGCCAUGGUUGGUUCUUUCUGCGGGAACCUGGAGGCACUUUUGGCUGUCCUCGGAGAUCACAGCUGGGCCGAUGUUCUGUGGGCCUAUUUGAAGGUCCAAAUCGAUAUACGCGUUGAAAGCGAAAUCAGAUCCCAUUGCGUCAAAAGCUAUCUACCGAUGCCGGAAAAAUACUGGAACAGCAAAAUGACGCUGGAACAGAUCUUCGAAGAACUGGGAGCGCACCGCAAUCCUCGGAUUCGCGCCACAGCCCAGGAGGUGGAUCGCGUUAUCCAGAAGCACCUGAUCCUGGACGAUAUUGCCGAAUUAAUGCGGCAGGUCGACGGUUGGUUGAACGAUUCUAGCUUCCAGUUGACACCCCAGAUGGUUCGGUUCCUAACGCAUCUGGUGAUGUUUAUGCGCCAGAUUCGGAAACAAUUCCAGGAGGAUAUCGGGGAUCGGGUGAUCAAACGCUACGUGGAAUGUUUAAUCAAGCACGGAGAGCCUCAGCUAGUAGCAUUCUACACGGCCGCUUUGCCGGCCAGCCUGCAGCUGCUAAUGUAUUCCAACUUUUUGGAAACCAUUGUGGAAACUCAAGCUCGUAAACGUGCCCUCGAGGAAGCCUAUCAAUUUGGUUUGGACGUUCCGGCGAUUACGGUCUACACGGUUGAAAAAUGUCGCAGCAAAGAAGAUGACUCAGAUGCUAAACCGCAGGAAGGUGACAUCAGUCCACUGGAUCAGUCUAAAAUAUCUUCGCUAGAGUGGUUGGUGUUUUAUUCCGAACAACGUGGUGAGCUGCUGUGGCAAACCAACGCCCUUAUUCGAUCCUUCCUGGCUAAACGUAACGUAGAGGCAGCCCGCAAGGCAUUCUCGGUAGUGCCUGCCGAUACAAUUCAGCAGAUUAUCAACAAUUACGGCUCCAAGGAUGAUCUUCCGCACAAGGAGGAGGCCAGCAUCAAGGAAUAUCUCUGCCAUCAGACCUAUCUGGCAGCGAUCGAUGGGUACAACGAUUGGGUAGAGUAUUACUACAAUAUGAAACCGAAACCUCCCCAACUGGUCAAAUCCAGCAACUUUACCGAGCGUGUUGCUUCCGAGCACCGAGAGCAAACCUACCGUAUGGAUUUGGAACGUUGGCAUGCACAGUUGCAGGAACAGACCACGGUCACCAGAGAUUUGCUGUACAACAUUUUACUGUUCCCGGAUAAGGGCUGGCUAAUCGAUCCGGAAGACACCAACGAUACUUUGAAGGCGGCUUAUGAAUCGGGCUGCAACGAGGAAGAAUGGCAGCACCGGGCCGUGCAACUGGAAAAUUUGCGAAAGCUUUGCAUUCCCGAUGUGGUGUUGCUGCUGCACCAAAUUUUCACCCUUUCCGGACGGUACAGUGAAAGUUUGCAGCUCGCUGAUGUUAUCGGUUCGGAACAGCGGCAACUCUAUGCGGUGUACUCGAAGCACAAGCUGGCGGAGGUUAUGACCAAGAUAGCCGAAUCAUCGCUGGCGCUCAUGAACGAAAAGAUGGAUCCUUUCGUGGGGGAGGCAGCGAAGAAAAAUUAGAUAGUAUUCCUCAAUGAUAAGCGCAUUUCGAUAGCUGUGAGUGAAUAAAUGUUUUUCCAUUUGAA